UCACACUCGACCCGAAGAGCAAAACUUGGCCUAAUUAUCAGUUGAGGAACCACGAGUGUGGCCAGCACCGGUCUCUGUGUAGCCUCCGCCUUCUCCAUACUCUCUUAUUUCACUCCAGCAGGAUGCGUGAGUGCAUCUCUAUCCACGUGGGCCAGGCUGGGGUGCAGAUGGGCAACUCUUGCUGGGAACUGUACUGCUUGGAGCACGGCAUCCAGCCUGACGGACAGAUGCCCUCUGACAAGGCUGCUGGCGGUACAGACGACUCCUUCAAUACCUUCUUCAGUGAAAUAGGCUCUGGCAAACAUGUGCCUAGGGCAGUAAUGGUUGACCUCGAACCUUCGGUAAUUGAUGAAAUCCGGGCGGGCAAGUACCGGCAGCUGUUCCACCCAGAACAACUCAUCAACGGGAAGGAGGACGCGGCUAACAACUAUGCUCGUGGUCGCUACACCAUCGGAAAGGAGAUUGUCGACAUGGUCCUCGACCGGACCAGGAAGCUGGCAGACAACUGCACGGGUCUACAAGGCUUCCUAAUCUUCCACUCGUUUGGUGGUGGGACUGGGUCAGGCUUCACGUCUCUUCUGAUGGAACGACUUUCUGUUGACUAUGGGAAGAAAAGCAAGUUAGAAUUUGCCAUAUACCCGGCUCCACAAGUUGCCACGGCGGUUGUUGAACCAUACAACUCUAUAUUGACCACCCAUACUACUCUGGAACACUCGGACUGUGCCUUCAUGGUCGACAAUGAAGCGAUCUAUGACAUCUGUCACAAGAAUCUUGACAUCGAGCGACCAACCUAUUCGAACUUGAACAGGUUAAUAGGCCAAAUAGUUUCGUCAAUUACGGCUUCUCUCCGCUUUGAUGGUGCUCUAAACGUUGAUCUUACAGAGUUCCAGACUAACCUGGUCCCUUACCCAAGGAUACACUUCCCCUUGGUAACCUAUGCACCAGUCAUUUCUGCAGAAAAGGCUAACCAUGAACAGUUAUCCGUAUCGGAAAUCACUAAUGCUUGCUUUGAACCUGCAAACCAGAUGGUAAAAUGUGACCCUCGUCAUGGUAAAUACAUGGCGUGUUGUCUGCUCUACCGCGGGGAUGUAGUGCCCAAGGAUGUUAAUGCAGCAAUUGCAGUUAUAAAGACAAAGCGAACUAUUCAGUUCGUAGAUUGGUGCCCAACUGGCUUCAAGGUUGGCAUAAACUACCAGCCGCCUACCGUAGUUCCUGGUGGGGACUUGGCGAAAGUUUCUCGUGCAGUUUGCAUGCUGUCAAACACCACGGCGAUUGCAGAGGCUUGGGCACGCCUAAACCACAAGUUUGACCUCAUGUAUGCCAAGAGGGCCUUUGUACACUGGUAUGUUGGCGAGGGCAUGGAAGAGGGAGAGUUUACUGAAGCACGUGAAGAUCUUGCUGCUCUAGAGAAAGAUUAUGAAGAGGUCGGUACAGACUCCACUGAUGUAGAGGCUGAAGAAGGAAAUGAGUACUAGUAUUGUUCCAGUCUUUUCUAAUUUAUGUGUGAAUCUUUGUAAUCCUUAUUUAUUUAAAAUUUGAAAGAAAGUAUUGUUAUAAUAGGGUAGUUUCUUUCAUAGCAUGUGAAAGAAAUAUAAAUUUCUUUUGUAAAUAAAAGUGCUACUGUUUAAGUUUG